GGCUUUUCCUUCAUACCCACACACUGUUUGUUCGUCAGAGGAGACGCUCUUGUGAGGUCACUGAGCCCCGGGGGCGACACUCAGCCGCCGCUAUAUAAUCUUCCCGGCUCCGGUGGAUGAAAGCAGCGCACUAAUCAGCUACGAGACAAAGCAAACACACAACUGAACAAUCACAAACAUGGUGAAGAUCACUUUCCAGCCAGUUUCGGCGCAGAAGCCCGACAAAGAGAGCGAUGGAGACAAGAUCAUUAUACCUCAGGCUCACGAGCAGCUGGUUCUUCCUGUCAAGUCCAAGAAGCCUUUUCCAACUGGCCUUUGCUGCCUCACCUUUGGCCUGGUGGUCUUCAUGUCAGGACUGGUCCUGGCCUCUAUCUAUGUCUAUCGCUACUACUUCAUACCUCAGAUCCCAGAGGACAGCUUGUUCCACUGCCGGGUUAUCUAUGAGGAUUCGGUGUACGCUCCUCUAAGGGGCCGACAAGAACUUGAGGAGAAUGUCGGUAUCUACCUUGACGACAACUAUGAACAGAUCAGCGUACCUGUGCCACAUUUUGGAGGUAGCGACCCUGCCGAUAUCAUCCAUGAUUUUCAGAGGGGCCUCACAGCUUAUCAUGACAUUGCGUUGGACAAGUGCUACAUCACCGAGCUGAACACAACCUUGGUGAUGCCUCCGCGGAACCUGUGGGAGCUGCUCGUCAAUGUCAAGAGAGGGACGUACCUUCCGCAGACUUACAUCAUCCAGGAGGAAAUGGUGGUUACAGGGAGGGUGAGGAACAUGAGGCAGCUGGGCCCGUUCAUCCACAGGCUCUGCUACGGAAAAGAAACCUACCGCCUCAGACGCCGCAACCAGCGCAGACGUAUUGAGAGACGCGAGGCAAAGAAGUGCCACAGCAUUCGUCACUUCGAAAACACUUUUGUGGUGGAGACCGUGAUCUGCAACAGUGUCUAAAAUCUGAGGUGGAAAUCUCAGCCAUUCAACACUGAAGCCAAUUUCAAACCAUACCUCUUGAAUUCUUUAGGCUUUUAACUGCACUUUAAGAGCAACUUAUUUGUCAGACAGUUUCUGUUUCCUUUUUUGUCUCAAGUUGGAAAUGCUCUUUUAUUGUUCAUGUACAAUGUUAAUGUCUUUUUUUAAUCUGAUGGUCUGUAUAUUUGGAUGACGUUACAUGUGUUUGGAUAUAUCCAUAGCUUGUCUUGUGCAAAAGAUGUUAAUGUGUGUCAGUUUGUGACAUUUUCAUCAGAGGAUUUGAUUUAAAUUUUAAUUUAGACUCGUCCUUGUGUUGUUUAUUUAGUAACUCAGUGCACUGUGGGUGAUGUACAGGCUGCUUGCACAAUGCACUCAGUGAAUAUUUGUUUCUCGAUUGUUAUUUUAUUUAAUUUUGAAUGUCAGAAAAUGGCAAAACAUACCUCAUGUAGACAUUACUUUGCUGAUUUUUAUCAUUAAUGAAUGGUGUAUAUAACUUUGAUUGUUCCUAAGCAAUAUAUACUGUAAAUUGAUUUCAUAUUGUUACAUGCAUAGAUUUUUAUCUGAAAUCAACUUGUUUUGUGAAUGAUCAUUUCUUUAUGGUUUGUCUCUUUAUUUCUUUUUGUAUCACACUUUCCUACUCUGUGGACAUAAAUGGCUUUAGACUGUAAUCAGUAGCAGUGCUUUAGAGUGACAGAAGGAACCAAAGUCUGCAGUCAGCGAUGCUAUGCUAAGUGUUAAGAACAUAUGAAUUAUUUAGAAAGAAUGCUUUAUAGUUUAGAUCACUUACUGUAGAUGAUAUCAAAGGCUAAAACUCAUUUUGUCUCGCUCUUCCUCUUCUUCACUUGGAUUUGCCUGUUGUCUUUAGCUCUUACUGGUCCCCAAUCCUUCAUAUCUUGGCAUUAUUAACUUUAUGAUUGUGUCUCUCUACAUACAACCUGGAGCAAAUCAGUCUCUGUUGAGAGAGACCUGUGAUAUGUACUCAUGUUCAUUGUCUCGGAUACCUUAUUUAGCUGUACAGUCGAUUCUUCUUGUAAUAUCUUGCUGCUUUAAGAAUAAAUAAUCAAACUUU